AUGGCAUCCCCCACGCCCUCCUCCUCCGACCACUUCCUCAACGCCUCCUCCCCCGCGCCCGCAACGACACCCGCAGCGCCAUCCCCGAGCGACAGCACGCGGCCCGCCUUCGUCGUGCGGCCCGCCCGCACGCCAGCCGAGCUUCGUACGGUCGCCGACCUCUUUCGCGGCUACGCUGCGUGGCUAGCCAUCGACCUGUCCUUCCAGUCGUUCGAGUCGGAGCUGGCGUCCUUGCCCGGGAAAUACGCGCCUGGGAAAGGCGGCGAGAUAUUGCUGGCGUAUCUGCUCAGCGAUUCUGCCGAUGGGGAGGAGACAGAGGAGGCUGUCGGGUGCAUCGCUUUGCGUGACAUAACGGAUGGUGUUGGAGCUUUCAGAGCGGCGGCUGGUGACGAUGACGCGUCAGCGCAGCAGCAGCAACGCAGCGCGCGCCGCAUUGGCGAGUUCAAGCGGCUGUAUGUAUUGCCAACGGGGCGGUCGCUCGGGAUUGGCAACGCGCUUGUCGAGCGGGCGAUAGAAGUGGCUCGAGAGCAGGGGUAUGCUGAAGUGCUGCUUGACACGCUGCCGCGCAUGCAAGGGGCUCUGAAGCUGUACAAGAGGCAUGGUUUCAGAGAGACGGAGAAAUAUUACGAUACCGACCUGGAGGGCACCAUUUUCAUGAGCUAUUCGUUCACCGCUUGA